AUGGUGGCGUUGAGCAUCGAGAGAUUCACAACAUGUAUGGCUUCUUACAACAUUCUUCCACUUUCCAAGGACAAUUGGAUCGAACUGGAGGAAAAGAUCGGCCGUUUGUCCUUACCAGGCUAAGCUGGUUUUGUUGGUUCUCAACGCACAACAGCUAUAUGGACCGGAGACAAUACAGCCGAAUGGGCACAUCUCGCUAAAGCAGCUCCUAUGCUCCUUUCGUUGUCUAUUUCUGGUGUCCCUUUUGUAGGUGCCGAUGUCGGUGGUUUCUUUGGAAAUCCUGAUGAGCAGCUGUUGACUCGUUGGUAUGAGGCUGCCGCGUUCCAGCCUUUCUUCAGAGCCCAUGCUCAUAUUGACACGAAGAGACGUGAACCAUGGUUGUUCUCAAGGCCUACGAUGGAGGCAAUUCGACAAGCUAUUAGGAGACGUUAUGCAUUGCUGCCUUAUUGGUAUGCUCUUUUCCGAGAACAUGCCUUGACCGGAGCGCCACCAAUGCGACCCAUUUGGUUCGAGUUUCCCAAAGAACAGAAAUUUUUUGACUAUGAGAAGGCAUGGAUGGUUGGUAACGCCUUGCUAGUUCAUCCUGUUGUUGAGAAGGACACUUAUAGUGUGAAUGUUGAUCUACCUGCUGGUGAACAAUCGGUCAGUUCUUGUAGCAUGUAAAC